CUACCACACUGCGAUUUUCCAAGAAGCUCUCUUCUUUCCGUUAUUGCCUUUACACUAAUCCCAUAACACUACAGCAUCUUCUUCUCAUUGUUUUCAGUUUGGGCGGGAUGGAAAUCAGAUAAUUAAAGAAAAAAAAAGCAGAGGAUCCGUCUUGGAAAGUUCCUUUCUUUUUCUAUGUAAAUUCCUCAGUUUUCUCAGUAACCAAACAGAGGUGUUUAUGUCUCAAAGAAAAGCACUGGCUUAUUAGCUGUGGAAAUUGAGAGAGCAACAACUGGUUUCCUGGUUUGCAAAUACUCAUCGUGGAGAUUAGUCUUCUUCUGACCCAUCUUUAACACCUAGUAGUAAUCAUUACAGACCCUCCUUGAGUUCCAGGGAUGAGGCCCACUUCAGAAUCAGCAGAGUGGAUAUUUUUAGCCACUAACCUUGGCCUAGAGAUCUUGUCAGCUGCUUGUGAUCAGGCUUCCUCCCCAAGAAGACCCCACUUUGCGCUAUUUGGUAUGUUGUUGGCUAUUGCAGCUGUGUUCAUUUCCAUCGGGGAGCUAAUUAACAGAGGUAAAAGGGAAGGAGUUGUGUUGAGGAGACGGGGAAUGCUCUGGUGGUUUUAUCAUCAAUCACCUCCUCCAUAUACGCCUUUUGGUACUCUUCCUGAUAUUUAUGGAGUAGUUGCUGGCAUCUCACAGUGCAUUUGCUCUAUAGCUCAGUAUGUUUACUGCCUUCGGCAUGCUGAUAGUCCUUUCAAAGCAUCCCUUUUGCCUGCCAUAUUUCUUAUCUGUUUAGUUGGUUCAAGACUAAGUAAUAACCGUAUGAACGCCAGCACGGAAGAAACUUUGUUGCGUCCAAACCCGGAGAAUAAUGCACCUGCAAAUACACCAUCUCCCGAUAAUCAGGAGGAGCAGGAGCGGCUGCAACGGCUGCAGCGGCUGCAGGAGCAAGUGCGGGAGCAGGUGCGGGAGCAGGAGCAGGAGCGGCUGCAGGAGCAGGAGCAGGAGUGGUUACAGCGGCUGCAGGAGCAGGAGCAGGAGCAGGAACGUUGGAAAUGGGUUUUUGAGAUUUUAGUUGCCCGUUGA